AGGAUCGGAGAUUUGUCUAAGGUGCACGCUGGCGGUUUUUGGUCGGUUUUUUCUCUUGUCAUAAUUUUGUCCUGUCAUGUUCUGAUGAUACAGCGCCCUCCUCUUGCGUGUUCUCCUCUCGACAUGAAAUUCCACCUAUGUUCAGAAGAACUCUCGCGCCUUUAAUUCAUGCCAUGGCGAUGCCUCCUUGCAGAUGCUUCUUGUUCAGCAGCAUCCUGCUGGCGUUGUUGCGCGUUGCACUGAUAGCGGGGCACCUCAAUAGUGUCGGUCUUCUCCUUAUCCCUGUGCCCUUUGCCAGAUCGAUGACCAUUCGCGGCAAAACGGUCCGUGG